AUGUCCGCGAAGAAGGAGUUCACCAUGCAGGAUGUUGCUGAGCACAACACCUCCAGCGACAUCUACAUGGUUGUUCACGACAAGGUCUACGACUGCACCAAGUUCCUCGACGAGCACCCCGGUGGUGAGGAGGUCAUGCUCGACGUUGCCGGUCAGGAUGCCACCGAGGCUUUCGAGGAUGUUGGCCACAGUGACGAGGCCCGAGAGGUUCUCGACGGUCUUCUCGUCGGUGAGCUCAAGCGUCUGCCUGGUGACGAGGGCCCCAAGCGCCAAAUCGCCAACUCGAACCAGGGAAGUGGCAAGUCUGAUCCCGCCGGCUCCAGCUUGAACACAUACGCCAUUGUUGUCGCCGUUGGUUUCAUCGCCUACGUUGCCUACAACUAUCUCCAGAAGCAGCAAGAGGCUCAAGGCCAAGCCUCCGCAUAA